GGAACUCCAGGAAAAGACGUGUAUGUCCAGAGUGUGGUCAAGGUUUUGCCUGCAGACUGUCUCUCGCUGUGCAUCAGAGAAUCCAUGUAGGAGAGGAGUCCCCGGAAAGUUCGGCAUUCAGAGACCGCUUUGAUCAAAGCUCAGAACUUGAGAGUCAGACCGAGCACAGGGAAGAGACCUCCCAUCGAUGCUUGGAGUGUGGAGAGACUUUUGCUCACAAAUUGUUCCUUUCAAACCACCAAAAGCUCCACGCGGCCGAAAAUCCAUACAAAUGCUGGGAGUGCGGGAAAUGUUUUGCCAACAGCGCGGAGCUCCAGGUUCAUUGGCCCGUCCAUCAGAAGGUGAAACCUUAUAAAUGUUUGGAGUGUGGGAAACAUUUCUCUCUGCACGCCUCUCUCGUGUGCCACCAGAGAGCUAUCCACAGAGGAGAGAGGCCCCAUAUGUGCUUGGAGUGCGGGAAAUGUUUUCUCCACCGCACCAAACUGGUGCGUCACCAGAGAAUCCACACAGGAGAGAAACCCUAUGAAUGCUUCAAGUGUGGAAAGCGUUUUACUGAGAAGUCUGUGCUUCUGAGACACCAGGUAGUCCACAACGGGGACAGACCCCAUAAAUGUCUGGAGUGCGGGAAAGGUUUUGCUUUACCGUCUCAACUGGUCAUUCACCAGAGGAUCCACACGCAGAAGAGCCUCUACAAAUGUGUGGAGUGUGGACGGUGUUUUUCCCAGAAACAGCACCUUCACAGACACCAGAAGGUCCACACAGGGGAGAAGCCAUUCAAGUGUUUGGAAUGCGGGAAGUGUUUUUCGGAGAAAUCUCACGUUACCAUCCACCAGAGAACCCAUACAGGGGAGAGGCCUUACAAAUGUGUGGAGUGCGGGAAGUGUUUCCCUCAGAACGCACACCUUCGUAUACACCAGAAAGUCCACGCGGUGGAGAAACCCUACAAAUGCUUAGAGUGCGGGAAGUGUUUCCUCAAGAAACCAUACCUGAACAGGCAUCAGAAAGUCCACACAGGAGAGAAAGCCCAUAAAUGCCUGGAGUGUGGUAAAUAUUUCUCACAGUUAGCAAACCUUCACAAACACCAGAGGAUCCACAUGAGGCAGAAAGUCUAUCAGUGCUGGGAGUGUGGAGAGUGCUUCGGCCAUCGUUCGGCGGUUGUGACACACCAGAGCGUCCAUGCCGGAGUGAGGAUGUUCAAGUGCGUGGAGUGUGGGAAAUGUUUUGUCGAGAAAUCGAACCUUGAAAAGCAUCAGCGAGUUCACCUGGAAGAAAAACCCUUUGAAUGCUUGGAAAGUGGGACCCUAUUUCCUCAACACCCAGACCUAGGGAGCAAUGAGACCACCCCCAAAAAGAGACCCCAUGUGUGCUUGGAAUGUGGGAAGUGUUUUCCUCGGAAAAAGAACCUCGAAAUACACCAGAGUAUUCACACGGGAGAAAAACCCCAUAAGUGCUUGGAGUGCGGGAAAUGCUUUUCCCAUAAAUCACAGCUCCGCAAACACCAGAGGGUCCACACGGGAGAGAAACCCCAUAAAUGCCUGGAGUGUGGCAAAUGUUUCCGCGAGAAGUCCUACCUGCAUAUACACCAGAGGCUCCACACAGGAGAGAAACCCCAUAAAUGUCUGGAGUGUGGCAAAUGCUUUCGUGACAAGUCGUAUCUUCGCGUGCACCAGAGGCGCCACACGGGGGAGAGACCCCACAAAUGCCUGGAGUGUGGGCAGUGUUUUCUUCUCAAGUCCAGCCUCGAUGAACACUGGAGGACUCACACGGGAGAGGAACCCAGCAAAUGCUUGGAGUGUGGCAAGUCGUUUUCCAAUAAAUCGCUCCUUCGAAGGCAUCAGACGGUCCACACAGGAGAGAAACCCCACCAGUGCCUGGAAUGUGGCAAGUGUUUCCGUGAGAAGUCGUACCUCCAUAUACACCAGAGAGUCCACACUGGAGAGAAGCCCCACCAGUGUUUGGAAUGUGGCAAAUGUUUCUUUAUGAAAUCCUACCUCCACGUGCACCAGAGAGUCCACACAGGAGAGAAACCCUACCAGUGCUUGGAGUGUGGCAAAUGUUUUUCCCAAAAGUCAAGCCUCGUGACGCACCAGAAAGUCCACAUAAAACGGGACCCUGUGAACACUUGGAAUAUGGGACAUUAUUUUUCACAAAAUCAAAGCUUGGUUGGCCUGGGGGAGUCCACACAAGACACAAAUCAGAUGAACAGCUGGUGUGUGGGAAAUAUGUCUCCUAGGAACGACUGUUUUGUAAACACUAGCUUUGUAGAUAAGCGAGAAUCCGAUUCGGAAAGUAACCCCAUAAAUGCUUGGAGUGUGGCAGAUGUUUUCUAUGGAAACUGAGCUUUCACGUACACCACAGAGACCAAACAGACAGAAACCCCAUAAGUGUUAGGAAUGUAGGACAUAUUUCCUUCAGAAAUAUAUCAUUAACCAAACAUUGGAAAGGCUGUAAAGAGGAAAUGCUCCAUUUAUUGAUUGAUUUUCUUUUUCCACCAAAAAAUGCACUCAGAGAGGUUUGAUCAAUGCUUGGCGUGUGGGGAAUGUUUUUCUCAGAAAAUCAUAAUAUCGUCAUCAGAAUACCCAGCUUUUGCUCCAAACCAAGACUUUAUAGCACUUGUGAGGAUCCAUCCAGAUUCUCAAAAGUGUGAAUCGCGGAAUUCUUUCUCAUAAAAAUCGGUCUUUAAUAUACAUUGGAGAGUCCUUGGUUUUAUAACCCUAAAUAAGCUUGUAGUUUUAUCCUGUUCUACAGUGUUUUGUUGAUACAAAUACAGUAGUACCUUGGUUUAUGUACACCUUGGUUUACAUAAUUUCCAGUUUACAAACGAAAAUCCAUUCGAAAUAAUGCCUAGG